AUGGCCGAAUCGCAACACACACAUCUGUACGCCCCGUUGCCCGGGCUAAGGUGGCUGCGACUCUUGAGAAUCUUGUCUGUCAACGAAAAAGAGAUUGUGUGCUCGCUUGAAGCAUUUGAUAUGGCCAAGCUGCCGAAAUAUGACUGCUUGUCCUAUACUUGGGGCGACCCGAUGUCUCGGGAUCUCUACCCUCCUGAUACUCUUCAGAAAGGAAUGUCUGCGUCUUGCGACAGGCAUAUUCGGCACGCAGAUGGAGCUAUCGUCAAAGUCACCGAGAACUUGGUACAAGCUUUGAGGCACCUAGGCGAGUCUGGCUAUUUAUCGUCGCUCGACAACCUAGAUCCACUAUACCUAUGGAUUGACGCCGUCUGCAUCAAUCAGGAAGACAAUGAUGAGAAGAGCUCACAGGUCGCGAUGAUGGAUGUCAUCUACCGCAACGCCGAAACCGUUGUCAUAUGGCUUGGGGAAGAAGACUUCCAUACUGAAGGUGCUCUAAAGACCAUGAGGGCGCUAGCAGAAGUGAGCCUCAAAGGUUUCGAGGAGGCGCCCUUUUUUGAUGAUUAUGAUGCUUUUACUGCCUACGAUACACUGCUUGAGGCUGGCAAAAGUCUCGGGUUGCCUGACAUCGAAGCUGGAGAAUGGCGGGAUUAUGCCGCAUUUCUCCAACGAAAAUGGUUCGAACGCAUCUGGGUUGUGCAAGAAAAGGUCUUUGCUCAGAAUACUGAGGUCUUUGUGGGUCACGAAAAGCUUUCUUGGGAUCAUAUUGUUAAGGCUGCGUCUACCUUGAAACAGACUGGGCUGGCAAAUCCAUUGCAAGCACUUUAUCUCUUCGCCUUGGAUGGCUACGACUACUAUCGCAACGGGAGAGUCUCGAGACUUUUUGAAGAUCGUCUGAAUAAUCACGAAAUCUUUGCAGACCUUUCCCCGAUUGGUUCUACUCACACAACACUGGAAACGCUCUUGUACUACUCGAAAAAACUCAAUGCCACUGAGCCACGAGACCAUGUAUACGCGAUUCUUAGCAUUUGGGAAUCGAGCCAAGACGGAUCAUCGACAUUAAGAGGUAUUCGGGUGAAUUACAAAUCACCAAUUGCCGACGUUUAUGCUGAGGGCACGGCGUUGGCAAUCGAGGAAACUGAAGACCUUGGAAUUCUUGCACUGGCGGAUCACAGAACGAGCACUGCAGCCUUUCAACUCCCAUCAUGGGUACCUGAUUACAGUCGAAAGGCUGAAAGUCAGCCACUAACGCGGUGGCCUCGGAAUAAAUAUAUGGAGUCGCCUGCAGGAAGAUGGAAUGCAGGUCGCGGGCUGAGAUUUCGAGGGCAGUUCGACAAAAGUAACAGAAACAGCUGGAAGUUGCCCGUCCGGGGUCUUGAAGUGGACACAAUUGAAGACAUCGGACCGACAUAUGAACAAAUCGACCGCGAAUACCAUUGGUUUUCACUACUCCAAAUACUGUUGGACGGCUGCACCCGUGAUCAGCCUACGGGGGAGUGGUCUUGUUAUGAAGCAUUCUGGAGAACGCUCAUCAAAGAUACAUUCCGGAAUCAACCUGCAGGAAAGGAAGCGGAAAAUGCAUUCACAACUCUCAUCAUGCACCGUGUUCAUGGACUAUGGGAAGGAGAUAGCAGCACAGCCGGAAACAAAAGCAAGUUUGAGCACAAGAGCGAUGAUGAAUACGAGAGCAUGUGCUCGUUGAGGGACAUUGAGUCAAGUUUCUGGGUGGCUUACUCUGGAAGAAGGCUUUUUAGGACUACCAAAGGAUUCUUUGGCAUCUCGAACCAGGUUCUCGACAAAGGAGACAGCAUCUGGAUCUUGGCUGGGGCCGAGACGCCGUUCAUUUUGAGAAAGGAAAGUGGAAAAGAGUGGAUCAUGGUUGGCGAGGCAUACAUCCACGGUCUUAUAGGGGGGAGGCAAAAGAGAUACCACAUUUCCCGGGGUUCAUCAUUGUACACACGCAUCGACGAAGAGAGUGUCAGCAGAGUGUGCUCAGACGUCCCUCAAAACCGCCUGAAGAGAGAAUUCAACGCGCUGGAACAUGCACUUGAUGCUGUUCCAAAUGCAGCGAUGACUGAAAAGGCUAAGAUGGAUCUUCUGCUUGACUUCGUCGAACGAAAUGUCGUUGAUGUGCUUCGUAAUGGCUUCAAAAAACCUUUCUUCCUCCCUCGCGACAGUGACAAGUUCUAUCUUGUAUCAUCUGCGAUGGGCCCCAUCGCGCGCAUCGCCAUAGGAGCCGACGUUGGGGAACAUGCCCUGUGA